AUGUCUGAUCAAGACAGUAAUCCGAACAAAUACAGUAAACUGCGAAGUAUCUACAAAUACUACAUUGAUUCAUACGAUGCGUUGUAUCAGCUGAAAACGGAAAAAGAAGAAGAUUUAAACUCAAUUUACAAAAUGAUCAAAACAGAAUUGAUUGAUUCAAAGAAGCGUCUUCCACAAAUUAUAAUAAAAGAUAUUUUGAAUAUCAUUCCGUAUAAUAAUCGCUAUACAAAGUCAUAUUUAUCUCUCGCCAAACUCAUUUCAGAUGAUUAUCAAAUAAAAGAUGUCCACAAUGUUAAUCUUGUUUCAAACUUUUUGUUUUACAAAGAAUAUGGCAUUAAAUUAGACAAAUCUGCUGAUUUCGAAAAAAUUAAAUCAGAAAAUCUCGACAUUUUUAAAGAAGAUACAAUUUACAGAGUAAUUAUGAAUAAUGAAUUAGGAAUAUUCAUUCCAUUCACUGAAAGAAAAGGAUUUAAUGAAAAUCAAAGAUUUAAAAGUAGUUUAUAUCCAUAUUCUUACAGUGCAUUUUCAUUACUUGAAUUAUGUUGCUACCAUGGAGCAGUUGAUUGUUUCAAGUUCUUAAGAACUAAAUUUAACUCAGAAAUAACAAAAAAUGUCUAG